UAUGUUGUCGCUGUGACACCCCAUGUUGAAUACCCCACUACCACCGUUGCAAGCAGCUAAAAAAUGGCCCGCGACUCGCGUAGAGACCCACCCCAUUGCUCGACCCGGCGGCCGGAUCGAAGAAACUCGACAGAACCCCCGAGCACGUCCGCAGCCGCUGGCCCGAUUGAAGGGAAACCCACCAGUGCGCCAGGCUCUCAGGAUGCGCAAAGGUCGAAAACCAGGACUAGUCUCGAGUUUCACAGAACCGCACACUCGUUUCCGGACUAUGGGUAUGGAUUCCACCCUGGGCAUGGCUACCGACCGACCGACCGCCCGCCCGAACAGAGUCUGACCAUACAUAAAUACCCUGAUACAGAUCUUUGAAGGGCGCAGUUAGAAUGCCUCCGCCGUUCCCCAGGAAGCCGUUCGCGCCUCGGACGCACCUUGACACUCUCAACUCUGGCCCCAGCUCUUCGCCCGCAGUCCAGCAGACCGGCACCACCGAUGCUCCCACCCAACCUUCCCCGCCGAAACGGCAAAAGCUGUACACCAGCGCUCGUCUCAUCGUCCCCGACGAGGAGAUAAUUGACAUCGACCAGGAUGUGACGUCGAGGACUGAGCGCCAUGAAAGUCAAUCGAGCUUGGUCCACUCCGGGUCACCUGGUGUAUCCGAGUUCCAGACCGUGGAAGCGCUCAGCCAGUCCAAUCCGGGACGGUCGAACAGGCGUAGCCGUCGGUCUCAGGCGGGCCGUCCCGCCAACAUGACCGAGCUUACGAGACAGGCUGGGAGAUUCGACACGCCGGAGCUGAUUGAGAGUUUCGACGAACUCGCCCCAGCACAGAAGCCCGCGCCCGGCCGCCAACGGACUGCUCGCCUGGUGUCCGCAGCUGGAACCCGGCCAAGCACCCUUGUCCGCGACCCAGCGGAUGAAUUCAUUCUCGGGAAAUCUACCCAGACGGGCAAGCAGUCUCAUGGCCUUACUCAGGGCAAAAAACGCCCAAGGUGCGAGAUUGCCGACGAUCGCGAUGAGCUGGGCGAAGAGAGCAACAGCAAAGGAGCGUCACAGGCCAGCACCCGACCGUCGAAUGAGGACUCACCCAGGCACGGCGCUCCCAGCCUGUCUCGGAGGGGAGAUAUUAACGCGACCAGGUGGGAAAAUAAGCAAGGCACUCGUGCCGCUGCUAUGGGUGUCCGUGUGGAGGCAGCCGUGUGCCAGCCAAACCUUCGAUAUGCGGCGAGCGAAGGGCAAGGCUCGUGCUUCCUCCGGCAAGCCGAAGGUGCUGAGUUGCUUGCCUUUACAGAAGACGGCAAACUUGCAGAGCCGCACCGCUGGCUGAAGAUCACCGGGAAAGCGAAGACAUUGACCUACCACCCGCAGAGCAACUACAUCAAAGUCACCCAGUCGAUGGAUCAAGCCUCGUCGACGCCGAUUGGGGGCCUGAUGAUCCUUCAGUUAUCAAGCAAUGCCGAUGCGUCAUGGGUCGCUGGUCGGGCUGGCAAGAGCCUGGGCAUACAAGUCCUUCAGGAAAGGGAAAGCCGCAAGCUUGGCGUGAUGUUUGAAAAAGCAAACCAGGACGUUGCUCGGGCCCGCAUGGCAUCGUCAGGCACGAAACUGUCGGAUGAUGCACCGGAUCCCGCGCCGCAAACAAUUGAGAAAUUCGAGACGGCAAAUAUUGUGCGGUCCAACUCUCGGCCUCUCAUCCGCCACCAGAUGCAAGCUUCAGCAAAAGAUCAGAACUCCUCAAGUUCCCGCGUUGAACCAAUGGAUGCGCGUAUCUCAUCCGGAUCACAUUCGUUGAGGACGAGGCAGAUUGCUGGUUCGGUGCAGAGAGCCAUGACGCCGCUCGAACCAGUCAUCCGUCGCUGGUCCCAGGAGAAUCCGCAAUGGUCAGAGAACUGGAAGAUACCCCUAGUCUUCAACCGCACGACGGUGAACAAGGAAGACAUCCCCAGACUCGAUGAGGGCGAAUGCUUGAACGACAAUCUCAUCGGAUUCGGUCUCCGGUACCUCUUCGACAAGUUCGGUUCGAGGCACCAAGAUCUGAAUAAGCGCGUCUAUCUGCACAACUCAUUCUUCUAUGAAAAGCUCAAAGCAGGCAGGGGCGCUAUCAACUACGACGGCGUGAAGAGUUGGACCGCGAAGGUAGAUUUGCUGUCCUACGACUACAUCGUUGUCCCCGUCAACGAGCACUUCCACUGGUGGGUAGCGAUCAUUUGCAACCCGGGCAAGUUGGAUCCCGACUGGAGAGGGACCUCGGACAAGACCGAGGGCGGUGCGAGCAGCGGCAUCGCAAGCAGAGCUGAUCGUGAAUCAUCUGACGAGGAGAUGACGGACGGAUUCGAGAAGCGGCCCACGGAUGCGCCGUCUGAGGCUGCUCCGACGGAAGAGCCGAUUCUUGUCACAUCAGACAUCGUGGACCUGGACUCUCGCGAUAUGAACAGCGGUAAAAACUCGUCCUCGAAUGCUGGAGAAAAUCAAACCAGAAAACCCAAGGCUGGUACGAGGACGUACAGAUUGGAGGACCCAAGAAUCAUCACUCUAGACUCACUGGGCUCAAGCCAUCCCCAGGCCAUCGCCCACCUCAAGAAGUAUCUCCUCGCAGAGUUUGAGCACAAGCGCAACAAGGUCAUCAGCAACACUCCUCCGCAAUUGGGGAUGAGGGCGAACAACAUCCCCGAACAAAACAACUUCUGUGACUGCGGCGUCUACCUUCUGGGCUACAUCCAGGAGUUUGUAAAAGACCCCGAUCGGUUCAUCCAGACCUUGCUCCAAAAGGAACGACCGGAUUGGGAGUUCAGCCCAUCAGCCCUCCGAGCGCUUUGGCGGGACACAAUACUAUUUGACCAGAAAAUGUAUCAGAAAGAGCAACUGAAGGAAAAGCGGAAAAGGCGUGAAGCGUCAGCUGCCAAAUCCACCCCCAAGGGGAGUGCAGAGCCAAGCAGCAACCCAUCUCGAGAAGCCAGCGAGAUCGCCAACUCAUCCACCAGCAUGCAGACAGCCAGGGAUGAUUCCCCCGAACGGCCGGCUUCGACCACGACCGCAGCCGCUUGCGGAACCGAGAUUGAGCCAGCUCCCCGCGAUCAGCGAGACACUGUGAGCGCUCAUUCACCGUCCACGGCGUCAGCGCCCAUCCGGGUCUCGCCAAAACAGUCCCCUCGGCAGGAUGGUUGUGUCGAUGACGUGGUUCCCAACCCUCCCAAGGAGGACAUCGCCAUCCUCCCGUCGAUCGAAUCGCCCGAAGUGGAAGCAGUCCCCAGGUCCUCGCCUGAGCGGCGGGACGACCCGCACUUCAUCGAGCAACUCUCGUCAUCUUCGUCGGCAGAGUCAGAUGAGGACGGGGACCACAUCGCCGAAGUCGACGCCAAGUCGUUCUACAAAUCGACACCGGCAAGAUCCACGAACCAAGGGCGGAAGAGAACGACGCUCUCCUCACCGGCUGUUGGGAGGCAGCAGCCGCGCGGGCAGCUGGUGAAAACCCGGGCGGCGCAUACCGGCAGCCUCUUCGUCCUGGACGGGACCCGCAAGCUGUCUAGUAGCCCGGUGGUGGCGAAGGCCGAGUUGGUCCGGCACUCGGAUCACAUCGACCUCACUUGAGAAGGCUCAGCUGCUGUUUCAGGAGGUGGUGCGACAGGUUGGGACGCGGUUGCUGCGACUGCUGCCCUGCGCGAGGUCUUGCCGAGGCUUGGCAUCUUCUUCCAUAUUUUUUCCUUCUUUUGUGCAUUUUU